GUUCUCAGCGGAGAAGAAUCAUGGUGCAGUAUCCUGAAAAUCAUCCACGGAUUUAAGACUAGUUAUCUUAUUUAUCCAGUGUUCCAUUGGUAUGUCCAAGAUAGGUUUAUUUCGGUGUACAGUUCUGUCUAUUCAGGAUACCAGCAUUUUGUACCCAUGCUGCCUGAACUGUUUUUCAAGAGUUGACUUAACGUCUGGUUCAAACGGGCAGAUCUCCAGAUGGAGUUGUGUUAAAUGUGGACGGGACACAGAGGCUGCUGGGUACAGAUACAGGUUAUCGCUCCGCGUGUCCAAAGACUGUGAUGUGCUCGGAGUGACUGUGUUUGGGAGCUGCCUGGACUCCUUCUUUGGCGUGCCAGCAGGACAACUCCACCGAUAUCUGAAUGCUUCUAAAGAAAGCAGGGGGGUCCAGAUGACUGAGGGGCUGCUCAGGAGAUCCCUGGACGACUGCUUCAUCGGAAGAUGCGUGCUUUUAGGAAUCAAGUUGCCUGGCAACAUUGGAGAACACAGACCACCAGGAAGGCAACAGUCUCCAGUUCAGUGGCCAGGCUCGAUGAGGGGACCUUCAGAGCAGUACAUUGCAAGUAAGAUCACUCUGCCAAACGAAGGGGUCUUUGGUUGUACCGUAGUCCAGUACCUGCAGAGCCUCCUGCGUGUGUGUGGACCCUCAGAGGGUAGCUGCCCUCAGGAGGCCUCACGGGACUCUGAUCAGGGCAGUUACCAUGACUACUCGCAGCUCUGUCCUGGAGGAUCGUACUUGCAUUUGAGCGAGGCGGCCGAUGCUGCCUUCCCCCUACCUCUGCAGCGCUCACCGGGGUUGAGCUGCGUGUCGGUGGACUCCCCGGAACGGUCUGUCUCAGACCUGGUUGAGACGCGCAGGACCGACAUCUCUGAUGUCUCUGCUGCCGUGGCAACAUGCAGCUGCUGUGAUGGACGUCAUGGUCAGAAGUAUCAAGGGUCUGUCAGCCAGGAGUCGGGAUACGGUGAAACAUCCAGGGACAAAGAGCUGACUGGAUCCUUUUCUCCAACAUCGUCCGAAUCUUUGGCCAAUCAGAACCUGAUGCACUCCAGAGAGAGAUCCCAUCAGGCAGACUCCUUAGAACCAGCCUGUGGCUUUGACGGUCAGAAAGACACGGCCACCACACCAGAGCACCUCGUCUACGACGCCGAAGAGGAGUAUGACUAUUCUGCAGAGCUUUUCGACGUGUCCAGUCUGGACAGACACGACUUUCGGCGAUCUGGGCAGGUUGGACGCAGACCUCGGACAUCUGCGACUCUCCGCUCCGUGACGCCACGUUUGGCUCCAGUCUCCCAGUCCACUCCCAUUCGUGGCACAAGGGCUCCAGAGAAAGCACGGGUCUGUAGAGACACCAACCAGCACAAGGAAGUGUCUCCUCGGGGGCUGCGUCUCUGGGAAUUAGGAAGUAGGACGGACAGUCAGACUAAGCGCUGUGUUCGAGAUGACCACUGCUGUGUUGCAGCGUUAUCCACUGGACUGCCAACAGAAGAUGCCGAUUUGUCUAAAGACCUUUUCAUUGAUUAA